AUGAAGAACGACUCGAAAGACGGUGGAAUGUUUCGCUUUGUCUAUUGUCGCUAUGCUAUUGUCGCGUUCAUUGCACUUGCUGCGCUGGAACCAUCUGAAGCACUCAAAUGCUGGAAGUGGCACCUGCUGACCACGCCCUACAGAGUAUCCGACGUUGGUCCGGAACUACACCCACAGUGCGCUUUCAUGCUGGAUGCUCCGUGUCUGACAAAAAUAAUCGCGCACUCAUGUAUGACCACUUUCACAUUCUUUAACCAGGCGCAUAAUACGUGUUAUGUGGACGAUGCAGGAUUUGUCAAAUGUGUCUGUGACACAGAUUACUGCUCAUCAAACUGCACUUACAUCGUG